GUGAUUUGUUGAUUCACCUGCCUCAAUAUUGCUCUGGUUACAAGUACACGAUAAUGUUGAUCAAGUUUGGAUAAAACCAUUUUAAACACACGAGGCAUACGAGUCGCAGAAGGAAAAUUUGGGGUUUGGACUAAAACAAGUAGCAACUGAGCGUCUCGCCCCUGCGGGAAACUGUACAUAACACAACAGAAAUAUCCAGCCAACUGAGAGGAGCAUUGAAAGAUGGGUGGUACUGCGUGUUUUCAACAGCCAGAUGUCUUACUGGAGAAGAAGUGAAAAAGGAAAAGAUACCGUGAAGGAUGUUGCCGUCAAAAAGAAGUAUUUUUGUUGUUAUCUUCUUAUUCCACAACGCACUUUUUCCAGAAGCUGAACGGUGUGACUACCCAGACAGGCUGGUUCAUCUAGAAGUGAAAAAUACCCACGAUUCUGAAGAAACAGUCACGUUUGUUUGCAGUAAAGGAUACAUUUUAAUCGGUAAUAAUAAUACUCGACGUUGUCUACCAGACAGUACGUUGUCUGGACGUAUACCGGUGUGUGGUAUGGCUUUGUCCCCACGUGGUGUUGCUUUAGGGUCUGGUAACAUUCACUUCCACCCUCCCCGUAAUGCCUUAGAUGGGAAUCCACACAGCUGUUUUUACACCAAGUCUGAAAAGCCGCGUUGGUGGAGACUAGACAUGAAGAAAACAUACCACGUGCUUUCAGUCGCUGUCACAAUACCUCUUGCAAAUUUGAUUCAGCAGUUCACCGUCUACGUAAUUGGCAUGAAGAACAACUAUCAGACAUGUUCAUCUUUUAAUGGCUUGUUUGCUUCGAGAAGGAGAAUUCUUGUUUGUGAGGGGGAUCGAGGAAUUUCUGGUCGGUAUAUUCACAUCAAAGACAACAGACCAAAAUACCGUUACUUUGGUAUAUGCGAGGUGGAGGUAUACGUAAUGAAAGACGUAACUUGUCCAACACUGACCUUGCUACAAAAUGGUAAAGUUAAAAUGACGGACUUUCCACGACAGCGACCAGGUCAGGGAAGUCGCGCGAUCUACUCUUGUGUAGAUGGCUACAUGUUGCAUGGUAAUGCCACCAGAGUGUGCCAAGAAGAUGGAAGCUGGAGUGGGAGAAGCCCUGUGUGUUUUGUCAGUGUAGAUGCAGUAAGAGGAACAUCAAGUUACUAUGGACAGCCUUCUGUUGCUAUCAUUACUGGAACAGUAUUAGUGAGUAGUCUCACCCUUCUUCUGCUGCUCUGUUUUCUUGUUAUAAAGAGGAGGAGAGGUGAUUUAGAAAAAUGUGCUGUUUAUCCAGAAAGUCUUGCAUCAAUUUCAUCUAGGAUUGAUACAAAGUCUUCAGCCGGCUGCUUAUGGUUCAAAGACAAGAUCUUUUGUGCUGAGCAUUCAUUAAAGAAUAACAGUCCAACUGUCAGCAAUCUCGGAAACAGUAAUGCUUCACAAAGCAGGGUCAACACUGAGUUGUUAGAUGAGAAUGAUUUGGUGGAGUUAUCCUACAACCCAGUAGAACCAUCAAGUUCAUGUAACAAAUGUUCUCUCUCGAACAUUUAUAAGAUACCCUUUAACAAAAGUGACCUUAAAAGCAUCGAAGAAAGAAAGAACUUAUCAAGUUUGACGAGACAUUCUAGCGAUACUAAACUUCCUGUAAAUGAGUUUAUCUUGUCCUCUGAUAAUCUGGUUGUGCCUUCUCUUCAGGAUAAAACUCCAAAAUCGUUGCUAACGAAAGAUCCAAGCAGUUCACGUGGCUUGAAAUCAGCCAAAAAUCAUGUUUGUUGUUCAAAAUGUGAAGCUUCAAGUGGCAGUGAAACUGCAUCUUUCAAAGAUUGCCAGGUUUUGUGCCUCAAGCCACAGGAACUUUCAAACAUCCCGGCAGAGGAAGGGUGUAAUAUCAGAAGGUACUCCAAUAAUGAAGACAUGCUUGUUGACCCCUGUAUUCUGAUUAACAACAGCAUCUAUGCUGGUGUUUUCACGCCCAGAGACAGUAUUGUUAUGAUGGAAAAUGACUUGUAUUCUCCUGUGUGAAUAAACGUUAAAUAUAGAUAAGUUAAGGAAGAUCCAACCAUGCGUUCAGUGGUAUUGAUAUCACAUAGAAAUUUUCUAUUGUGAUUACACUCUUCCCUUUUUUUAUUUGAUUAAAAAUGUAAAAUGACAAAAAUAUAUGGUUUGAUGGAUAAAAGAAUCUACUUAAAAUGUUUGGGAGCUACAUUUUUG